AUGGCUAUCAAUUCACACUCCUCAGAACCAGUGGCUCCUUUUCUUUCAAACAACUUCGACACGAGCAGGAAUAUAAGGCCGAGUGAAGUUGAGAGCCAUGCUGUUGAUACGGAGUUCCUCAUCGUUGGUGCAGGGCCGGCGGGUGCUUCAUUGGCUUGCUUUCUUGGAUCUCAUGGACUCAAGGGAAUCAUGAUUAGCAGUGCGCCGGGGACAGCGAAUACUCCUCGCGCACAUAUCACCAACAUGGCAGCACUUGAAUGUCUGCGAGAUAUUGGUCUGUAUGAGGAGCUUGAGAAAUUAGGUUCUACCGGCCAAGACCACAUGCAACAUACCAGAUGGUGUCACAGUAUGGCUGGCGAGGAGUAUGCACGACUUCAUUCCUGGGGCAAUGAUCCACGACGAAAGGGCGACUAUGAAACGGCCAGCCCUUGUCAACCAUUUGAUCUGCCGCAGACGGUUUUAGAACCAGUCCUAGUUCGUCAUGCAGCUUUGAAAGGCUUCAAGUGUCGCUUCGACACAUCUCUGGUUUCAUUCGUCACCGAAGAGAAGACCGGCUUGAUCACAGUUACCGUUCGUGAUGAAAUCUCCAAACACGAAUACCAAGUCCGCACUAGGUAUCUGUUUGGCACCGAUGGCGCCCGCAGCCAAGUGGUGAAGCAGCUGAAUCUUCCUCUUGCCGUCAAACCAGGACAAGGCAUUGCGAUCAACGUCCUUGUCAAGGCCGAUCUCUCCCAUCUUGUCAAGAAUCGGACAGGCAAUCUCCACUGGGUUAUGCAGCCAGACCGCGAGCAUCCUAACUUUGGCUGGAUGGGAAUCGUCCGAAUGGUCAAGCCCUGGAAUGAGUGGAUGUUCAUCCUUUUCCCGGAACGUGGCUAUGACCGUUCUCAAAACAAGCCCUCCAAGGAGGAGUACGAGAAGAGAGUGCAAGAGUUUAUUGGCGAUGACACGCCUGCCGAAAUCCUCGAUAUUUCGACCUGGUAUAUCAACGAGAUUGUUGCAGAGAAAUACUCGGAAGGAAAUAUCUUCUGUCUCGGCGACGCUGUGCACCGUCACCCCCCAUUGAACGGCCUGGGCUCAAACACGUGCAUCCAAGAUGCCUUCAACUUGGCCUGGAAGAUUGCAUAUGUUCAUAAGGGCCUUGCGUCUCCGUCACUCCUAUCCACAUAUUCCAGCGAGAGACAGCCAGUUGGUCAUGCAGUCAUCACUCGAGCAAAUCAGGCGUUACGCGAUCAUCACCCAGUGUGGGAGGCGCUUGGUAUGCUGGCGACAGAUGUUUCCGAGCGGAAGCAGAUACUGGAAGAGUUGAGAGGCGCGACUUCACAAGGCUCUGAACGUCGCCGUGCCUUGCGCACGGCAAUCAAACAUACCUCCCAUGAAUUCCACGGCCUGGGAAUUGAGAUGAACCAACACUACGACGGCCAAGGAAUCUACACUGCUGAUGAAGCCCAGCCCUUUGCUCGAUCAGGACAGGCAGUCGAGGAUCCAGUACUAUAUCACGAACCAAACACAUACCCCGGCUCCCGGCUGCCGCAUGUUUGGCUCAAUAAGGCUACUCCAGAGGAGCCUGUCUCGACAAUUGAUCUUGCUGGCCAUGGCUCGUUCACACUUUUCACUGGAAUUGGGGGUGGAGCAUGGAAGGAAGCGGCUGGGGUUAUUGCCGAGAAGCUCAAUGUUCCCAUUCAAGUUUAUUCUAUUGGAUUCAGGCAAGACUGGGAGGACGUCUACUUUGAGUGGGAAAGUCUCCGAGGUGUGGAGGAAUCAGGGGCUGUGCUGGUGCGACCGGAUCGGUUUGUUGCAUGGAGAGCAACCACAGUCUUGCAGGUUAGUGAGGCUUGUUCAGACAAGCUUCUCACGGUCAUGAGGUCUAUCCUGGGAUGUGAGGAUUCACAGUGA